AUGUGCAACAUGUUCCAGGCAAUUUUAAGAGUAGAGAGUGCAGGACUUUGGGGCGUUUUGAUAUGCGGCAAAUUCUCCGCCUUGAAAUGUUUAGGGCCUGAGCCAAGUUAUGUUAUCUGCUCGGCCAAAACUAUCUUGUAUCUUUCUCCAAAUGAGAUUCCUCGCCAAGGUCACCACCGCAUGAAUCUUCUUUGCCUCUUCUUUCAAUCAGCUUCAAAAUUCCCCGUGCACAUGCUACGGACCCUCCCACCCACUCUAUUUUCGCGGUUUUCUAUGGUAAAAAGAAACUUCUAUUUUUGCCAGAAAAAGAUAGUCUCCGAACCAAUUCAUAUGCACAUCGCCAAAAUAGUGCUAAAUAACAGGGCCAUUAAACAUACCGCUGAGGGAGAUCUAUUUUGCUUUAUUUUUUAUUCUUAG